CCAACCUCUCCCUUCCCUCCGCUCCUUAAUUUGAUUCCAGUAGUCUGUAGCAGCACUCUUCGAGCACGAGCAAAGGAGAUGGCUCCCAAGGCGAAAGUGGCGAGCCCCAAGGGGAGGGCGAAGGCCAAGCCUGGAGGAGCCAAGGGCGCGGAGGCCAAAGGAGCACCCACACUGAAGAUUGAGAGAGGGGCAAGCGGCACCCUGCAGCGAAAGACCAUCGCAGCAGGCGAGAGACCAAUGCUCGACCGCACCGGGACCGACACUGAGGCGCCGGUGCCCGAGCGCGUUCGCAUCGAGCAGCGGCGCCGCAGUGUGAGCAAGGAUGAGUCCAUCAGGGUCACUGUGCGGAUGAGGCCCCUCUUCUCCAAAGAGGUGUGGUGUGAAGGCGAAAGGCAUGCACACAAAAGAUGGGGAAGUGGAAUCGGAUGUGCGUUGCCUGCCCGUGCGUGUGGCAUCGUUUCAGACGAGCAAGGGUCACCAACAGCUGUGGAAGAUCGAGAACGAGAAGACCGUCACGUCUGACCCCUCCAUGGUCAUCGAGCCAGAGAUUCUCCCCGCGGGCCCACUCAAGACAAACGCCUUCUCGUUCGACAACUGUCUCGACGGAACUGGUAAGACAGCUGCCGCGUCUCUUCACAUCUAUCUCUUCUACGUGCUCUUUUCCAGUGACCAAUGACGAAAUGUACGAAUGCAUGGCGAAGGAUGUCGUGUUGGAUGCCAUCGAAGGCAUCAAUGGGUGCGUCCUGAGCUAUGGGCAGACGGGCAGCGGCAAGACCUUCAGCACCAUGGGUACAAUGGACCAGCCGGGCAUCAUUCCCCAGGCGCUCGACGACAUUUUCUUCCGCAUCGCAAACUCAGAGGACGAGACGACGGUAAAACAAACGAGCCAUUCGCCAUUCCCAGUACGAUAGGGCGUACAACUUCAUCUCAUUUGCAGGAGUACUUGGUUCGGUGUGCCUACGUUGAGAUCUACAUGGAGGUGAGAAAGCAAAAAGACACGGGAGGGAGAUAUGCUAUGCAGGUUUCUUUCUUUGUUCUGUCAGCGCGUCAACGAUUUGUUCCAGGACGGUCCCGAUGGCGAGAACUCGCCGAUGGAGAAUCUGCAGGUGAAGGAGGAUCCAGGCAAGGGAUUCUAUGUGGUCGGUUUGGCGGAGAAGAUCGUUGGGAACGCUGACGACGUGCUGGAGCUGCUCAGGAGGGCAGAGAAGAAGAGGAGGUUCGCGGUAAGCAAGCCAAGCCCUCUGUCUUUCUUCCCACUCACUCAAUCAAAAGCGGCUACAAACCCUGUCUGUCUCGGCUUUGAAUGAAUGCAGCGCACUAACUUCAACGACGUCUCGUCACGGUCAGUGCAAGUGGAGUGCUCAAGAGACUGUGCAGUGAGUGCAUGUGUCUGUUUGAAUGUAUGGAUGCCCGUACGAGUCUGUCUGUGCGUACAUGUAUGUCUCCAGUUCGCACGUGGUGUUCAUCAUGAUCAUCGAGACGAGCAGCGAGGUGGGUGCGGGUGCCGAGAAGAGCACAAUCACCAAGGCUGGCCGCCUCAAUCUGGUCGACCUAGCUGGCAACGAGAAGGUCUCCCAGGCAGCGGCCGGCACUGGCGGGGCGCAAGAAAAGGUACCUACACGAGACUCUUGUGACGGACGCUUGUCCCUGGGUGCUUAGAGACACUCACUUAUGGUCGUGUGAGUUCAGAAAACUAUGGACGAGGGCAAGCGGAUCAACCAGUCGCUAUUUUUCCUGAGGUAGGCGCGGUGCCGAGUCCCAGACAUGCUGGCUCAGUCAAUUGAUUGUCCCGUGUGCGGUGCGUGGACUCGCAGUGAGGUGAUUGGCAAAUUGUCUGCACGUGCUGAGAUCAUACAGAAGAAGGGGUCGGCUAAGGCUGCCCAGCGGGAGCUGGAGUCCCUCUAUGUGCCGUACCGCGACUCAAAGCUCACCAGGCUGCUACAGGUAGGUAGAGGAUAUGGCCCACCACCCAUGUGCCUGGAUGCAGCUACAUGCGGUGAUGCCAUGCCUGUGGUCAGAAUUCGCUGGGCGGCAACUCGCGCUGUUCGCUUCUCAUUGCCGUCACGCCCAGCCACAUGUACCAAGAGGAGACGCUCUCCUCUCUGCGGUCAGUAAUGCAAUGCACCCAUCUAUCAGGACUCCAUGUCCUUCCACAUGAAUGUAUUGGCUGGCCCUGUGUGUUGUGCUGUGUGUGUAUGGGGCAGUUUUGCGGCCAAGGCCAAGAAGAUCACGGUCGAAGUUCAGACCAAUUUUGUGUCUCCCGAGCAGUCGGUCAUCGCCCAGCAGAAGGAGACCAUCCGCAGGCUCGAGGAGCAACUACAAAGGCUGCAAGAGGUAGGCACCGCACCCGGUCAGUACCCGUGACCGCUUGAUCGGUGUGCUGUGUGUUGCGCCAUGUCAGGGUGGCGGCGUUCCGCAGGCCCCUGCGGGCAGCCUCGUAGCCCCGCCACCGCCGAGCUCCGAAGAAGUGGACCAGCUCAAGGUGCUCAUGUCACUGACUGAGUGGAUUGGUGGGCAAUCUAUCUUCUGUCUUGGCGUGUGUCUCGCUCACACAGGAGGAGAUGAAGAGCAAGCUUGAUCGCUUGACUAAUCUCAUCCUGAAGCAGGAUGUGACAUCACCCAAGGACAGCGCGUCAAAAACCAUGCCAUCCGCCAAAAUGCGACGGUAAUUAAGCACAUCCAUUCGAUCGGAGAUGGUGAAAGUCAGCGACGUGUUCUGCAUGUCUCUCUCUGCUGGAUUGGAUCAGCAUGACGAUGGCGGGCCCGCAGGGCGGUGGCAGGGGUGGCUUCGCGGGCUUUGCCCCCGGGCUGCGCGGGUCUUUCUUGCAGGAGCUCAUCAAGAGGCCCGCACCUGCAAAGAAGAAGAAGGAGGAAGAAGAGGAAGAGGAAUCGGUGCGGCACCAAGGUGCACGCUCUAUUGAAUACACACGCAUAUGGUGGUGUGCAGGAGGAGGAGGAGGAGCAGUCUGACGAGGAGGUCGAGGAGAUGGCGUCGGUCACGGGAUUCGACAUCGACGAAAUGCUCGAAAAGAUUGACUUCGCCAACCUCGACGAACAAAAGAAGAUCGAGAAAAUCAAAAAGUCAGUCAGCGAAAAGAUACGUACCAACACGGUCACAUGUAUGUGUCUUCUCGGCCUGUGCUUGUGUCUGUCUCCAGCCUGAUCAUGGACAAGGCCGAGGAGGCCAAGAGAGCCAACACGGAGGCCCGCCGUCUGUCUGCCAAGGUGAAGAAGCUGCGCAAGAUCUCCGACAAGCAGAAGAAGAAAGAGAAGCGCGCCACUGUGGUCGUCGGGGAGCUGCCCACACCCUCUGCGGCGAGAAAAGGGGAGCUUGGUGCCGAGAUCAAGGAGAGAAAAAAGACCGUCGGGUUCGGUAUCGGUAUGGCCCCGGCUGCGGAGCCCACCACACCCACCACACCGAAGAAAACUGCAUCCCUGGAGAAACUCGCACAGAAGGCCGUGGCCAAUGUCGUCAAGUCAGUGGGAGGGAGGGAGAACAGACAGACAGACAGACAGACAGAGACAGACAGACAGAGCAAGGGGCUGCAUUCCGGCUCACGCACAACUGUUCCUUUCUCUUUUCGUUGCCCGCCCACAUGUGUCUGUCAGGAAUUCCCUCCUGGGUCUUGCAGAGAACAAGACCAUCCCAGCGUCUGAGCAGUCCGAGUACCGCCUGGCCGUCCAGCACAUGAUGCUCGGCACCGCUCCGUCCACGCCAGCGGCGGGCGCGAGGGCGAGGCUCAGCGACGAGAAGGGCGCGGGCCGGCGUGUCUCGCACAGGCAUGUGGACGUCGGAGAGGGGGAACCCAAAGGCGUCACUAGCACUGUCAGGUCAGCAGCUCCACGCUAAUGUCUAUGUUGACCUGGGACCGUCUGUGUGAUCAGGGUUGCGUUGAAUUGCCUGGCCGAGCGGCCCGAGAUCCCCGAGCCUGAGAAGGAGAGCUACCACCAGUCUGCCGAGCACAUCAAGAAGCGCUUCCCCCUCGACAGGGGCAUCACGCCGCUCGUACUCGAACAGAAGGUUAGCUAGUGGGCAUUCUUGGAUGCAUCAGGUGACCGCAUCGAUGCAUGUCUCCCGCUGUGUGCAGCCCGAUGACGUCAUCGCAGGUCUGCAGAAGGCCAACACGAAACUCAUUGAGGAGCGCGACGAACUCAACCAGCGGGCAGCGAAGAUGCAGGAGGAGAAGGCCCGCCUGCUGUCGGAGAUGCAAGAUUUGGAAAAACAACUCCGGACGGGCGGUGAGGCGGCCAUCGGGGAGACCAGCCUGGCCAACCUCAGCGCCAAACUGCAGCAGGUGCGUACAACGAGUGUUGGGGGAAGCCCUGUAGUGUUGUCUGAUGGUCAGGAUCUGAAGCGGGCUCAGGAUGUCCCCGAAGGUACGACGAGCGACAAGCGAGAGGCGCUCCUAGGCAUUCUCAAAGUAUUGGAAGACAAGGUCGGACGGACAACAACCUCCAUCCAUCCACACACACACAACACACGUCAGUCAAAUCAUGCAUGUCGCUUCGCCUCAUAUGUAUAUCAGAUCGAUCAACUUCGCAACCUGCAACGACACUUCCGUGACAAGCUGUCGGGCGUCCCGACGGCUGCAGCGGCAUUUCCGCCUCCCUCGCCGUUCCCCCCGGUCCUGCAAGGCCUCCCAACAGCAGCCAGACGGCAAUUCGUCACCAAACGGUCGUUUCUGCCAUCACCGUGUUUCGCGAGACGGGCGCCCCCGGCUCCCGGUGUGUCCUCUUCGCUGCCCCCCAGCCCGUCCACCAAGACUGUCUGCUGCGGGCUGCGCAGCCCCAGAGAGCCUCAGCCUAGAGAUGUGAAGCCAAAGGUAAAAGACCGCACCGUACAGUGGCGACCGAUCAUAUCGACCACUUAGUGUCUCGUGUCUCCGUCUGUCUCUCUUCAGGCCAGGGGUGGUGUACCUCCCCUGAACCUCGGGGUGAUGAGCCAGCCACAGCCCAAGUGGAGUCCGCCGUCAUACAGAGAAGAGGCCAACUUGAAGAUGCCAUUCCCGUCGGAGGAACCGAAAGCCGUGUUUUCUCCCCGGCCGCCCAGCCCCGUGCCGGUCGGGUUCGCUACACCCCGCGUGACCUCGACUGUCGUCAUGUCGCCGCCGCCGGCAGAUGUGCGCCCUGUCCAGACUGCUCGUCCCUGCUACGUCUCGGUGUUUUGCGGACCACCGAGACCACAACAGCCUGCAAGUGCGGUUCGGUCUUUCCAGCCCCACCCUCCGUGCCACCCGAAGAGCCCCCCUGCCCCCGCCAACAGCAGCCUGCCUUCAUCGCCCCUUCCACCGCCCGUCCUCACGAUGCGCCCGCCACCGCAGUCUGCCCCUGCACCGACUGUCCAGCACAUGAAGGCGUCUGCACCACAGCCGGCGAGUGUCUCCCGUGUGGACAGCCCCUGGCCCACCUCUCGACCGGCGACGUAUCGGUAUGUAAUGGGCCCAUUGAGUCAGAAGCAGGGGGCGGGGAGGGUCGACGAGGAGGGUGUCAAGCGGGAUCUCAUGAGACAGGAGACCUCUGCGUGUCAGAGGUGCUGCAUAUCGCACAGGGGGGCCAGACGAGACAAGAAGUGAGUGAUGAACACGUGGUGGGGUGGCGUCGGUCGGGGUGCUUCGAGGAAGGACCGCUUUGUUUUUGCGUUGCUCUGGACGCCUGUACGUCUGUUGGUCUGCGUGGAUGCCUGUCUGUCAGUAUGUUGCCCUCCCUGUGUGAGUGGAUUGGGGAGGGGGGUCUGUGUGCUGCGUGGGGGGAGGGAGGACAGAGAGAGGGCAGGAGAGACAGGUGCUUUGUGUCGUGGGUACGGUACGCUCGUUCCUGGUGGUCGAAUGAAUAUGCACAUCACUGGCUGGACUGACUCAUCACUUGUCUGCGUUAGCAGGCGGCUCUCGAGAGAUGACUGAUCAGAUCCCUCUGUAUUCCGUCGGUUUCGUCAUUCCUCUCACGGCUUUGGAUUUCAGUGUCUGAUUCCAGUCAGUCGUCCGUUGAAACGCCACACGGAGAGAGAGAGUGAGUGCCAUCCAUCCAUCCAUCC